CAACCAAACGACAUGGACGUGCAGCAGAAGCCCCAGCAACAACAAGGCAACUGACAACUUUUGAAUGGACAACGCUCGAGUCCACCCACCGAUACCCAUAGAAACAUUACUGCCAACUGAGUAACCUAUGCUGCCAAAUAAACUUUAAGCUGGCUCAAAACAGCAGCGCAUCUAACUGCCAACCAGAAGAAGUCGAAGAGAACAACAAAAAGCAAAAGUUUUUUUUUGCCAUUUUUUUUUUUUGUUUGUUCGUUUGUUGAGCAAGUGCAGAACAACAGACAAAAGUCGCCAACGUGUUCACAAUUUCGUUAGAGCUGACGCCCGCCCAAAUUGGAGGCCGUGUGCGUGUUGAUUGCAGCCUCUGACCAGCAUGCAACAUGUGUCAUCAGCAACAGCCACAGCCAUAGCCAUAGCCAACAACAACGGAAACUGCCUCGACAUCUGCUCAAGCACUACAAGUGCUAAAAAACUCUGAGCCAAACACCAAAGUUCGUUAGACCUAAGCAGCGCCCCCAAUAGAAGAGACUUUCAACAGGCUGCGAUUGCAGCGGCAGCUCAAGCGAGCCACUGCCUUACACCAGGUAAUUCCAGAAUCUAACUGCGCAUACUUCAAGGCUUAACACAUACCAGCACACACCGCCACUCCCACACACCCACCCACUACCUCCCCCCCUCCCCAACAACAAAAACACACACAUAGAGGCAGAUAGACAUAUGGAAAAAAUCUUCAAAAAUCGUCAGAGCAAAACUAUGAUAACAAGGCUAUACAACACCGAAGAGGAUCCCGCCUAUUGCUCAGUCAUCUGGGGCGCGAAUCUAACCAGCAGCAAUGACCUAGUCCUGGACACCACCACCGCCACCAAUGCCACCCACAUUUUCGCCAACGACUUGCGCGACGACCUAUAUGUGGAUGUGGAGGACCCCCGCACCGAAGCACUGCGCGAGUACUGCUAUGGGAUCAUCCUGCCCAUCAUCUGCGCCCUGGGCAUCAUUGGCAACGUACUCAACCUAAUUGUGCUGACCCGACGCAAUAUGCGUGGCACCGCCUACAUCUACAUGCGAGCCUACUCGACUGCCGCACUGCUUGCCAUUGUCUUUGCCAUACCCUUUGGCAUACGCAUGCUGGUGCACAAGGAUCGCGGUCAGUGGGAGGAGUUCGGCCCGGCCUUCUACACGGCUCACUUGGAGCUUUUCCUCGGCAACGGUUGUUUGGGCGUUGGUGUCAUGAUGCUAUUGGUGCUGACCAUCGAGCGCUAUGUAUCCGUGUGCCAUCCGGGUUUCACGCGCCCCGUGAUGGGUCCGCCAGGCAUGGUCGUCUUUAUCACCUGCUGUGCGACCUUCAUUAUCUACUUGCCGAGCAUUUUCCGCGGUGAGCUCAUCAAGUGCAUGAUGACCACGAACAACGUGUACGUCUAUCUACGGCGGGACAACAACAUCUAUCAGCGCAGCAUCUUCUAUUCGGUGUACAAGAUAAUGCUCGAGGUGAUCUUCAAGCUGAUACCGACCGUGUUGAUUGCCGGCCUCAAUAUGCGCAUUAUGCUCGUCUAUCGUCGCACCUGCGAGCGCCGUCGCCAGAUGGUGCUGAGCCGCGCUACCUAUGUGAAGGACGAUGACCCGCGCAAGUUUGCGGAGGAGCGACGCCUAUUCCUGCUGCUUGGCAGCACCUCGAUCCUGUUCUUGCUCUGCGUUUCGCCAAUGGCCAUAUUGCACAUGACGAUUGCCUCGGAGGUGCUGCCCAGCUUCCCGUUUCAGGUGUUUCGGGCACUCGCCAAUCUGCUGGAGCUGAUCAACUACUCGAUGACGUUCUACAUCUACUGCCUGUUCAGUGAGGACUUCCGCAACACGCUGAUGCGCACCUUCAAGUGGCCGUGGCUAAAGGGCAAGCUAUGCCACCAGGUGGAUGAGACUUUAGCCCGACUAUAAUCCAGACAGAUCCAGCAACAGAAUCAAGUUUCCAGUGACUAUAUCACUGAGUUUCCCCAUAAGCCUAUUUAUGCUAGGGUCAAGCACCCUAACACCCUAAUAUAUUAUCAUGACAAAUUAUUGGUAUUGUUCAAUUUUGAUGGUAGCCAGUGAAUUUCCAAGCAAAACUUAAUUAAUUUACGCAGCUCUACAUUUUUUUUCAAUAUGAAUAUGAAUAUUCGAUACAGGUCAAAAAAUUGCAAGUCAAAGAAUUUAGAGGAGGAGCAGAGGAUCGGAUGUGAAGAGAGAUCCGUCGAGUUAGUAGAAACAGACAGAAGUUGGGAGUAAAGCAGUUGAGGAAGACAUUGAGGAGUUUAAAGCGAACAAAUUUGGAGAUAAGGUGAACGAAUCGAGAAACUAAGCCGAGCUUAAAGCAGAAGCCAAUCAAAAAACAAACGACAGAGAUUGAGAGAAGGCAACUAUAAAGAUGAUAUGAUGUACGAACCUAGUAGUUGAGAGCCGACAGAAGACAGUUUCCAAGAACUGAGAUCUGGGAUAACAAGACGAGCAGAACGAAAAAAGAGAUCCAAGAAGUCAAACAGUUUCAGAGGGAAGAAGACAGAAGACAGUUCGCAGAAGUAGGAACUAAAGAUUUUAAGGGAUAAAAUAAAUUUGGAGCUAAGGUGAACGAGCUUAGAAACUAAGCUAAGCUUAAGGCAUUAGCCGCUAAAAGAUAAACAGCGACAGUAGAGCAAGAGAGAAGAUAGAACAGAGAGAGAACAGAUUAUAAACCAAGCCGAAGGGGUUGAGAGGGUUGGGAAAGGAGAUUCAUAGAGAAAACUUUGAAUGAGAUCUGAGAGAGCCACAAUGAAGUCGAAGCUUAAAGAAGCGAAAAGAGAAAGAUAGACAAUUGGGUAGACAGACAGACAGACAGAUAGACUGAAGGGUAGACAGACAGACCGACAGAAGGGGGGACAGACAGAAGGGCGGAAGAAUUUAGACAUAGAGCGCAAGAUGCGUUGAGUUGAAGACAAUGAGAAAAAGCGAGCCACAAGAUAUAUUUUAAAGAAAUCCACAAGCGAUAUUUUAAAGAGAUAUAUGAGAGCAGAGAAAUAGAUUAAAGGUGAAUGAAUAAAGCGCAUUUGAGCUAAGUCGACAGACACAAAGCCAGCUAGCGAUCCAUGAGAUAUGGCGAGAGCAAACGGAAGAGCUUAGCUAACAGAAAACAAAAAAAAAAGUAUCAAAAUGCAUUUAAUUGGAGCGUCAAAGCAUUUAGAUGUUAUUCAUUAAACAUAAAAAAAGAAAAAAAUCAAAAAAAAA